AUGAAGAGGGUCACAGUUUUGUUAGUCUUACUCGUCAGCUUAUCGUGCGACUGCGAAAAUUUUCAAUAUGAAAUCGACGAACCCAGAACAUAUACUUACGGCAUGCCAAGAAAACGUGCCAUAAAUGACACGGUAAAAACCAACAAUAUCCAGGGUGAGGAGACGCGAGAUUUUACAAUGAGCGAUGAGACAGUGUUAGAUCCAUAUCCUUCUAAGAUACCAUCUUUAAUGGAUCCUUCAAAGUCCAUUGGAUUUCUGCACCCACAAGAAAUCGGUCUCGCGGACCAAUGUUUUCCCAGGCCACACUGUGAUAUUUUUAACAUGUACAGAACCAUAGACGGUAGUUGUAAUAAUUUACUAUACCCAACUUGGGGACAAACUAACACAGCAAACACACGAAUUAUUCAAGCUAAUUAUUCGGAUGGUUACUCUCAACCAAGGAAAUCAGUAUCUGGUCACGAAUUGCCGGAAGUCCGUAAAAUACGUAAAACCAUAUUUAAGGACAUUGACAAAUCCUCACCGAAACAUAAUUUAUUUGUCAUGCAAUAUGCUCAAAUAGUUACACAUGAUACAGAAAACACAUUAUUAAAAAAAACAGGACCUCAUGGCCCAGUUAAGUGUUGCAAUGAUGAUGGUUCAACACCGGACAUUCUACCAAAAGAAUGCCUUCAGAUUAGAAUCCCAAACGAUGAACCACAAUCAAAAUACCGAUGCUUAUCCGUUCCCAGAUCACUUGACACAUCGGAUAAGGGCUGUAACAUUAAACCGGUCAGACAAAUUUUUGGAGCCUCCAGUUUUAUCGACGCAUCGGUAUUAUAUGGCUCAGACUAUGAAACAUCGCGUUCUAUAAGAACAUUCAAAUACGGAAAGCUCAGACGACAGUUGGGACCUAAUGGAAAAUCGUUCUUACCCAAUGUUGAAAAAGCAACAGAACUUUGCAACGUCACUCAAGAUAGCACAGCGUGCUACCUUGCAGGUGACCCAGGAAUUAACAUACAACCGGAAAUGACAGUUGUUACAACUUCAUUAUUGAGACUACAUAACUAUUUAUGCGAUGAUCUUAGUCGCUUGAACCCCAGUUGGGAUGAUGAGCGAAUAUACCAAGAAGCCAGGAGAAUUCUCAUCGCAAUUCACCAACACAUUACAUAUAAUGAACUUGUUCCGAUAAUUGUAGGUAGAGAUUUUGCAAGAAAAAAUUAUUUACUGCCGAUGACUAAUGGAUUUGACGAUAGUUACGAUCAAUAUUUAAAUCCGACCACAACAACUAGUUUUACAUCCUCCGCAUACAGAUCAAUGCAUAGCUCCAUACGUGGAUUUAUUGAAUUGGUGAGUGAAGCCCGAAAACUAAACAUCGAGAAUACGGAUCAAGGAUUACUCACGCAACAUGCACAAGAAGUAGAUCAAUAUUUUACAGAAGAGAUAAGUGAGUCCGCCGUCAGAAUUCCGGAUAAACUCAAAGGAUCCGACUUGGUCAGCGUAGACAUUGCACCGCGGUAG